CUAUGGGUAAACCAAGAAGAUGGUGUGGAGGAGGGAACCAGCGACGUGCAGAAUGGCCACUUGGAUCCAAGCGCCGACUGUCUGUGUCUCGGCAGGACCGUCCAGAACCGAGACCAGAUGAGAGCCAAUGUCAUCAAUGAAAUCAUGAGUACGGAGCGCCACUACAUCAAGCACCUCAAGGACAUCUGUGAGGGUUACUUAAAGCAGUGCCGGAAGAGGAGGGAUAUGUUCAGUGAUGAACAGCUAAAAAUCAUCUUUGGCAACAUUGAAGAUAUCUACAGAUUCCAGAUGGGUUUUGUCCGGGACUUGGAGAAACAGUACAACAACGAGGACCCCCAUCUCAGUGAAAUUGGACCAUGUUUCCUUGAACACCAAGAUGGCUUCUGGAUCUAUUCGGAGUACUGUAACAACCAUUUGGAUGCAUGCAUGGAGCUUUCCAAGCUGAUGAAAGACAGCAGGUACCAGCAUUUCUUCGAAGCGUGUCGUCUGUUGCAGCAGAUGAUUGAUAUUGCCAUAGAUGGUUUCCUUCUGACACCAGUGCAGAAGAUCUGCAAAUACCCCCUGCAGCUCGCAGAGCUACUCAAGUACACUGCACAGGAUCACAGUGACUACAGGUAUGUGGCUGCUGCUCUCGCCGUCAUGAGGAACGUGACUCUGCAGAUCAACGAGCGGAAGCGGGUGGAGAACAUUGACAAGAUAGCUCAGUGGCAGGCCUCUGUUCUGGACUGGAGGUACAACGAUAUCUUGGACCGCAGCUCAGAGUUGAUCUACACGGGGGAGAUGUCCUGGAUUUACCAGCCUUAUGGACGGAACCAGCAGCGUGUUUUCUUUCUCUUUGAUCACCAGUUGGUUCUCUGCAAGAAGGACCUGAUAAGAAGAGAUAUUCUGUAUUACAAAGGUCGCAUAGACUUGGAUAAAUACGAAGUGGUGGAUACAGAAGAUGGGAGAGAUGAUGACUUCAAUGUCAGCAUGAAGAAUGCCUUCAAGCUUCAUAACAAGGAGACUGAGGAAAUGCACUUAUUCUUUACCAAGAAACUGGAGGAUAAGUUACGAUGGAUUAGAGCUUUCAGAGAAGAAAGGAAGAUGGUAAAAGAAGAUGAAAAGAUAGGCUUUGAGAUUUCUGAGAAUCAAAAGCGGCAAGCGGCAAUGACAGUAAAGAAAGUCAGUAAGCAAAAAGGUGUGAGCUACUCCAAGUCGGUUCCUCCAGCCUACCCACCACCCCAGGAUCCAUUAAAUCAGGGACAAUACAUGGUGACAGAUGGCAUAUCCCAGUCCCAGGUCUUCGAGUUCACCGAACCCAGACGCAGCCAGGCACCAUUCUGGCAAAACUUCAGCAGGUUAACACCAUUCAAAAAAUAAUACCUAGAGAGAUGGAGAAUUUUAACUUAAAAGAACUAAAACUUAAAAAAUAAAAAUAAAUAAAAUUAUAUUUAUAGAUGGACCUUUUUUCGGAGAAGCACUGUUGCAACUAAAUAUAUAUACAUAUAUAUAUAUGUACCCCCGUUUUAAAAAUAAUAAUAUAUAUACAUAUAUGUAUAUAUAUAGAAGGACCAAAAACUUUUUUUGUUGUUUUUGGGAAGCAAUCUGCUACUAGAUACUAGGAAGCACCAAUGAUUUCUGACCAUGUGACCUGUUUUAUUUUACUCCAUUGGUUGGACAUGUUUUGUUUUGUUUCUUUUUCUCUUCUUCAUUCCCAUCCGAGUCGUCACUGGCAUCCCAGAAUGCUUUCUCGCUUGUGUGAAUUCCUCAUGGAAGUUCCUCAUGGACUACAUUGGUGUAUAUUUCAUUUGAUUUUAUUUAUGGGGGGUUGUUUGGUUUUUGGAGUGCCGGGAGGUCUCCGCUCCCUCUCCCUCCCUCUCCGUCCCUUCCUUGGCUGUCCCCGGAGUUGCCAUUUCAGCGAUGAGCAUCGACCCGCUCCCCGUCCCGUCCUGCAUCCUCUGGUCUGCCUCGUGCCUGUCUGGAUGUGCUCCCUUGUGCACCAUGCUCUGCUGCGCAGUAUUUCUCUGGCUUUAACUGUUGUGUUGUGGCAGGUGAAAACCAGCAGAAAGGGUUUCAGCUCUUUAGGAAGCGAGAGAUGGGUUUUCCUCAGUGAGUUUUUGCAUUCUUUUUAAGCACUCUCUUUUUCUCGAUUCAGUGUGAUCUGGUCACACUCAGAGCAAGACUGAGAAAAGAAUAUCAGGGGCUUUUAUUGAUUUCUUUUGCAUUCAGCUUCCUUUCUUUGGGGUUUGAUUUGUUUUCCUUUUAAGCUGAGACACGACUCUGAAAAGCCCACUCCUAUCUUUGUUCUCCCUGCAAAGAUAAAAGCUGAACAACUGAUGGCUUCACGCCCUCCAUCCAGCUGAGGAAAAUUGGCUAUUGGGCUCCAGCAAAUGGCCAGUUUUCUUUCUUUCUUCAGGAACUAAGGUCCCAUCCUGUUGGCCACAGUCUCACCCACAUUAAUUAGUGUUAAUGAACCGCUGAUUGCCAUUUCCAGGAGCAGUGAUCCCACCAGUGAGGAGGACUAUGGCUGCACUCAUUGCCUGCUCCCCUCUGUUGCAUACAAGAUCCCUGGCUUUGUUUGGGCACUGACCUAAACCCCAAGCUGCCAGCAGUGACCUGGUAGCAGAAGGAUCAUUGCCCAAGUCAUUGGAAGUACUUACUGAUGCCGAGUUGAGAACUGCCUGUCAGGAAAGAGAUGGAUGUGACUUGAGGAGUUCAGCAAGGUUUAACCUAUGCCCGUGAUUAUGUGGCCUAAUUUAAAUCAGAGAUCAGUUCAAUCUAACCCCAUCAGUGGCUCAGCAGAGGGGUAUCCCUGUCAGUGGCUCUGGAGGGAUUAGCUGAACUCUCCAGGUCCCUUUCCAUCUUUUUCUCCCUCUGGAGGUUCAUAGCUCUAUUCUCAAAGACACUUCCUACAGUUUCAGCCUUAAGUACGUUUGUUUGCAAGCACAAAGCUUGUGUUUAAGCUUGUAAAACAAAUCCUUGUGCACUAGGAUGAUUUUUUUCUCCUAGUGCAAAUGAGUCUGUUUAACCAGAUUUAGAAGAGGAAGCUAAAACCUUUGCAGAGCUGUUCUGCAAGCUCCUUUGUAAUGUGGGAUGAAGUGAUUGAUCACAGAAUAUACCAUUUUCUUUUGAACCUGAUACACCACAGAAGCACCCCAGGCCAUGCAGGGAGCUAGAGGUGUUUUCUCCCCUAGUACAAGUGAAUGGGAAGAGCAGAGGUGAUUUCAUUAUUUCCACGGAGCCUGUUUUAUUUCAGGGCAUAUUCCAAGGCAGUGGCUAUGGGGUUUAUUUUAAGUACAAAACUAAUCUCUCUUGCACUUUUUAGUCAUUUAGAAACUCUGGAGAACCAGCAAAGGCAGGUCAGUGUUUGGGAGAGGAAAAGCAACCCCUCUGUGCCAGUGGGAAGGGAAUCACAAGUAGGAAGCAACGCAAUUUUGUAUCAGAAGUUAUUUUUGUGCUCUUUUGUAUCUGCAUUUUGAUGGUCAGGUUUGGAUAUUGAAUAUGCAGCAAAUCUUAUUUAGUUUAAUUGAGAGGAUGGGUUUUUAAAGGCACGGAUGAGGUGGGUUCUCAGGAGUUAAAUGUACUAUUUCUGAGUGGCUGGAGAGAUGCGCAGAGAGAGAGAGAAAGAGAGAGAUGAUUACAAGCUGUUGUCAACGUGAUGAAAAUUUCACUUAUUCCUUUUGCCUUUUUAAUUGCUUAGGGGGAAAAAAAAGUAACAAGCACAUUAGUUAAGCCUGUUCAUUUACUGUUUUGUGCCUCAGAGAGUGAGAAUGAGACAUCCAUAAUUUUUAUGAGAAGAUGCUUCCUAAAUAUUCAGCACUAGGAAAAACGAAACACCACCGCCACACCAUUAUUUGCAUCAUAAAUCAAGACUCGCUUGAUCUGACAAGGCCACUUGUUGGACUCGCAGCUUCUUUCUUAACUGGAAAGCCAAACCAAACUCGCAUUGCUCGUGCUUGCCGAGGCCGGCGGCAGGCAAAGCACAUGCGGGCCUUUGUUCCAGAGGGAAGAGGGGCUUGGCUCUCAGGCAAUGGCGUGCAAGAAAGCUCUUCCCCUCCAUAAAUUGCCACGGUGCUGCAAGAGAUGGAGCAUUGUCACAAAGAAGAACCAGCACUGGGUCCCACUGUCACUGCCUGCUGUGGCCUCCCCAUAGGGAGCAGGGUCGGGCUGCUCGUGUGCCCGGGAGCAGCGCAGACGCAGAUUUGGGGUGAUUUUGACUGAGCAUCCGAUAGAGACUUUCAUUUCAAUGCCAGACAGGAGGAACCCACUUCCCAUUCCAUGUGCAGGAACGAGAGUUGUAACAAACUGACAUGUUUACGGUAUUUCUCUGGCUGAACCUAUAUAUAUAUAUAAAGAAUAAAAAUACCCUCUUCCCUAGGUAAAUGACAUGCAUUACCCCUUGACCUAGACACUAGAACAGAGGAUCUAAAUUCAAGCCUUCCGCCUCCCCACCCUCUCCAAAAAGCUCAAACAAGAACCAACCUAGGUGCAUCUAACAGUUGUAAAUAGAAAAAUACUACAUAGAGAAAUAUAUUUGAAAUCUGUUUCAGUUUCUGGAUGGUCACUGGCUGUCCCCUGCAAUGUUAUUGAUAGUACACUGUGGUGCUUUGGGUUUCUGGUUUUGUUCUCUUUAUGCUCUGUCAUCUUUUCAUUGCAGCUACAUUUCAGGGAACAUGUAUAUUUAGUAGCUAUUGUAAGUUCUGCAUGGCAUCACCAAGCUUAUUUUUCCUUAAGAAGAACAGAAGAGGCUGUAGGAGUUUCAAGGCACUAUUGACGACAGGGACUUGUAGCAGAGAAUUUAACACAAAAAAAAUAUAUAAAAAAAAAGGUUUUUAAAAUUCUAGUUUGAAGCCAAAUACCUGAUAUUUUAGUGCUUUUGGGGUUUUAUCAGUAAGAGCAAAAAAUAUAAAAAAAAAGGAAAAAAAAAAGGAUUUUGGUAACGCAGCUGAAUCCGCACUUGCCAGUUUUAUUAUUUUGUUUCUAUUGGACUGUUUGACCCUGUCAAACAAGUGUCAAAGUUGUGUGUAUAAAACAAAAGAAAAAGUGUUUAAAGAAGUGUUGUAAAGACACUGAGCCUUAUGAAAAUAUUUAUGGAAUUAAAUAAAAAGAAGUGAAAAGGCA